AUGAUUUUCGGCCCCUUGUGUGUUUUCCAAAUACAGUACUUCGCCACUGCUCUCGUCACUACCCUCGUUGUCUCCGCUGUCUUGGCUGAAGAGGCAGCGAAAAACAAGGAUAUCAAGGAAGACGAGAAGGAUGUGGAGGCCCGUCGAGGCAUCCUGGGUGUUGGAUUCGUACUCAGAGGUUUCGGCACCAGUGACGGCGGUGUAGAGGGCCCCGGGAUCGUCGGCCCCGAAGUUGCCGGAACCAGCCUCAUUGGCACCGGCCUCAAAGGACCUGGACUUGGAGGAGUCGAAAUAGCCGGCGGCAGUUACGGCGGAGCUGGUCUCUCCGGCGCCGGUCAUGACGUCGUUGUCAACGACAACGGAGGUGCUGGAUUUGGCGGAACUGCUCUCGCGGGAGGAGUUCCUGGCAUUCUCAGCAGUGGUCUUGAAGGAGCUGGUCUCGACGAAGUGGGAGUGAGCGGUGCCAAUUACGGGGAAACUGGUCUCGCAGAGGUGGCUCCGGGCGCUGUCGGCAGCGAUCUCGGAGAAGCUGGACUGGGUGAAAGCGGACUGACAGGAGUCAGUUAUGGCGCAGCUGGUCUCACCGGAGCUAGUCUUGGCGUUGCUGAUCUUGGUGGUGCUGGUCUUGGUGGUGAUAGUAUUGCCGGUCUUGUAAGUGCUGGGCUUGCUGGUCCGGCACUCACUGCGCCUGGAGCAGCGGGAACGGGUACUGUGGGAACCGGAUUGGUGGAGAACCCAGACAUAGUUGGAACUGGCAUCGGGCGCAGCAAUGGAGACGGUUUCCAGCCAAGCUACGGUUCUUCAGCUGGCGAACACCAGGCCGGAUACCAGGGGGCAAUCUCCGGUCAUAACCAGGGAUCUGGAAGUUUCGCCCGCGGUGAUUCUCAAAGCAGGGUGAACUCUUACAGGAACAAGCAGGGCUACAGCCACAGCUCUGGAUUCUCGGCCAGCAAGAUCAAUGCAAUCGGAUCUGGCAACAAGCAAGGCUCUUCAGGACUCAACAACGAAGCAUCCGUUCACCAGGCAGGCUUCGGACAGACUUCCUAUGGAAGCGCCGUUGGGGUUCGCGACGUCGCUCAGCAUGGCUGA